GAGACGAGGUUUCACCACGAACUAGCCCAAGUUGGUCUCGAACUCCGGAGCCCAAGCAAUCCUCCCACCUCGGCCUCCCAAAGUGCGGGGACUACAGGCGAGAGGCACCGCGCCCGACCGGACUUCUUACAUUAGCUAUUAGAGCCGGGAUGGUGCGCAUCUGCCAUGGCCAGGGACAGGAACAUAGGGAGAUGACAAUAAAGGUGGUAAUGAAGUCACGGCCACCUGCUCUUAUGAAGUCAAAAUCAUUAAUGACCCAGUGACGUUGAUGCCAUCCACGAUUGAGACCUCUCUUCUGCCCAUCUGUGGUCACGGGCCUAGUUAAACACCGCAGCCGUCUCCCACACUGGGGGUUCUCGGAAAAAGCCUCGGCCUGGGGCCUGGUCUGCACGCUAGGCGCGGGCCGCGGCUCCCUGGAGGAGUCCAGCCAGCCCGCCCCUUCCCGCACGGCCUGCUGGGAGUUGUAGUUCAGUCGUCGGAGAACCGCGCCAAGUCCCGCCCCAGAUGAGUGCGCAGUAUGGGGACAGCCGGCCGGGACCCAGUGAGCGCGGGACUACAAUUCCCAAAGGAGCGUAGCAGCCGACGCCCAGCCAACAGGUGAUGCCAUGGAGAGCAGCAAGCCUGGUCCAGUGCAGGUUGUUUUGGUUCAGAAAGAUCAACAUUCCUUUGAGCUAGAUGAGAAAGCCUUGGCCAGCAUCCUCUUGCAGGACCACAUCCGAGAUCUUGAUGUGGUGGUGGUUUCAGUGGCUGGUGCCUUCCGAAAGGGCAAGUCCUUCAUUCUGGAUUUUAUGCUACGAUACUUAUAUUCUCAGAAGGAAAGUGGCCAUUCAAAUUGGUUGGGUGACCCAGAAGAACCGUUAACAGGAUUUUCAUGGAGAGGGGGAUCUGAUCCGGAAACCACUGGAAUUCAGAUCUGGAGUGAAGUUUUCACUGUGGAGAAGCCAGGUGGGAAGAAGGUUGCAGUUGUUCUGAUGGAUACCCAGGGGGCAUUUGACAGUCAGUCAACUGUGAAAGACUGUGCUACCAUCUUUGCUCUAAGCACUAUGACUAGUUCUGUUCAGAUUUAUAAUUUAUCCCAGAACAUUCAAGAAGAUGAUCUUCAACAGCUGCAGCUCUUCACAGAAUACGGUCGUCUGGCAAUGGAUGAAAUUUUCCAAAAGCCUUUCCAGACACUGAUGUUUUUGGUUAGAGAUUGGAGUUUCCCUUAUGAAUACAGCUACGGACUCCAAGGAGGGAUGGCAUUUUUGGAUAAGCGUUUACAGGUGAAGGAACAUCAACAUGAAGAAAUUCAGAAUGUUCGAAAUCACAUUCACUCAUGUUUCUCCGAUGUCACCUGCUUUCUCUUACCACAUCCAGGACUCCAGGUGGCCACAAGCCCUGACUUUGAUGGGAAAUUAAAAGAUAUUGCUGGUGAAUUCAAAGAGCAGUUACAGGUACUGAUACCGUAUGUAUUAAACCCAUCUAAGUUAAUGGAAAAGGAGAUCAAUGGCUCAAAGGUCACCUGUCGGGGACUAUUGGAGUAUUUUAAGGCAUAUAUUAAAAUUUAUCAAGGAGAAGAUCUGCCUCACCCCAAGUCCAUGCUUCAGGCCACUGCUGAAGCCAACAACUUAGCAGCUGCAGCCUCUGCCAAGGACAUUUAUUAUAACAACAUGGAAGAGGUUUGUGGGGGAGAGAAACCUUAUUUGUCCCCAGACAUUCUAGAGGAGAAGCACUGUGAAUUCAAACAACUUGCUCUGGACCAUUUUAAGAAGACCAAGAAGAUGGGUGGGAAGGAUUUCAGCUUUCGUUACCAGCAGGAGCUGGAGGAGGAAAUCAAGGAAUUAUAUGAGAACUUCUGCAAGCACAAUGGUAGCAAGAACGUCUUCAGCACCUUCCGAACCCCUGCAGUGCUGUUCACGGGCAUUGUAGCUUUGUACAUAGCCUCAGGCCUCACUGGCUUCAUAGGUCUUGAGGUUGUAGCCCAGUUGUUCAACUGUAUGGUUGGACUACUGUUAAUAGCGCUCCUCACCUGGGGCUACAUCAGGUAUUCUGGUCAAUAUCGUGAGCUGGGCGGAGCUAUUGAUUUUGGUGCCGCAUAUGUGUUGGAGCAGGCUUCUUCUCAUAUCGGUAAUUCCACUCAGGCCACCGUGAGGGAUGCAGUUGUUGGAAGACCACCCCAGGUUAAAAAAGCUCAAUAGCAUCUUAACAUGAAGAUCAAACAAAAAAAACGAACCCCUACUGAUUUCUGGGUUUCUGCCACGGCCACAGGUUCAUAUCUAGAGGAAUGGCAGAUCUGAGACCAUCCAGGAAGAGCUAAAACAUGGCCCUGUAAUAAAUGAGCAGACCUCUCCUGUGGUUUCUGAUUAUUAAACACACUUCCAUUUCUCUUGGAA